AUGGCAGGCAUUUAUUCAAAAUACUCAAACUCGUUCCAUAUGAAUUUUCUGAAACUUAUUUUUUGUGCUUUACCACUUUUCGUGAAUUCUUUUGGCAUACUUCUUGUCUAUGAUUACGAAGAUACUGCUAGCCUUUCAAGCUUGACAGAACAAAUAAAAACAAAAAUCCCCUUAUCAGAUCAAGUUGACAUUUCUACUUGCCAAUAUCAAGAAUUUGAGCUUUGCAUAACUUUUCACCCAAGUCUACAAGUAAUUUUCGACAUUUCUGACAAUUUUCAAGCUCAAUAUGAACUAGAUAUUUUUUGCAAAGAAAACUCUAUUGUCCAUAUUGUAAAAAAUAGCAAAAUAAUAUAUCAUAGCGAAUGGACCUUUUCAAUAUCCAGCUCUUGAGAAGAUACAAAAAGCUCAUUUAUUUCUUUGCUCCAUUAUUUUAAUUGGACUGAGGGUGUUUAUUUUAAAGACCCUGAAGACACUGAUAUAACUGAAGAAUUAAAAAAAAAAUCGAUAUUAAUAAAUUCCCUCAGUGUCGAGUGCUUAUCACCAAUAGAGGAUUUUUUAGCAAUUGAAGUAAUGAGUUUGGGAAAAAUGAUUUAUUUUGUUUUUACAAAUUCACAUGUUUCAGGAGAAAUUCAGGAAUCUUUAGCCAAUGCAAAGCUUCUAGGAAUUGGAACUGCUAUAAUAUUUGUAAAAGAAAGCUCUUAUGGAGCUUCAAUUGAUGGGGCACUGAUAAUGACUGAAAAUGGCCAGGAAAAUUCAGAGUCAGAUGAUGACUAUUUAAGUACAGCUUUCGCAAAUUUAUUAUCCUUAAUAACACCUAACACAACAGAUUCUUUCCAAUUUAGAAAUACUUUAUUGCAAAAAUGCCCAAGCGAUUUUUGUGCCACAGAAUUUUCUCUUAUAAAUAUUCAUGGAGGGCAUAAGCAUUUAGUUGGAAGCAUAAAAAAAAAUGAAAUCAUUAUUACAUCCACAAUUGUUUUUCCAGGAAAUUCAACGAUAAUCCCUGUUUCUAAGAAAAAAGUAAUAAAUUUAAGUAUCAGUGAUGGCUCUACUAACCCAAAUUCUUCUCCAGCAACAUCUAACCCUGCAAAUGUAAGAGGUGCCCAUUUAGCUAUUGAAAUGGUAAAUGAAGGAAACGAUAUUCUUUCAAAUUUUGAGGUCUCCAUGUUCAGCUAUGAUUGUGGAGUCACUGUUUAUAAUGCCAAUUUCUCUAUAAAAUGCUAUAGUUCAAAUAUUGAUAAAAUAGGCUACGGCCAUGUGGCCGCAUACGGUUCUAAUGUCGCUGUAGGGGAUUUUCAAACUUUUAAAGCUUUGAAUAUCACUGUCCCAUGUGUUGGCGCUGGCCCAUCAGAUGCUGCACUAUCAAGCACAGCUAAUUUUCCUUAUUAUGCCAGGGUAAAUCUAGCUAGCUCAUAUUUAUACAACCAGAUUCCUCUUUAUUUAAAAGCUUCAGGAUGGAAAAAAAUUGCUGUUAUCUACCAAAAUGAUGCGAAUUUUGGUAAAUCAGCUUAUUAUUAUAUUAACCAAUCAGCUACAAACCAAGGCCUAGAAAUUGUAAAUGACCCUAAUUUGAGGGCAAUCCCAAUGGGGUUAAACAGAACCCAGCUUAAAAAUUACACCAAUGUAAUUCAAGCUGUUAUAAAUUCAGGUGCUAGGCUUGUGAUAGCUGCUUUUGCACCACCAUUUGCGGUGUAUAUUACUGAGAUGUUUUAUGAUUUGGGAAUGAGAAAAGGAGACAUAAUAUUUUUUGCUGUUUACAGUGGGUUUGUAACAGAUAUUGCUGCAAAAGAUGACUAUACUUAUAAAAGACUAGAAGUAGCAGUCCCUAUGCUAAGGAUUUACCAAGAACUUUGAGUAGGAGAAAAAGGCACUCAAGUGUAUAACCGAUUAGUGGAAAAAUAUAAAGAAGCCAUCGCAUAUAAUUGCCCAUAUUAUGACACCUCCUACUUAAUUGCAUACAGUAUAAAUUGGAUGAUUACUAAGGGGGAUGACUAUACUGACCCUGCGAAGCUACAAAAAUCGAUUAGAUCUGUAAAAUUUCUAGGAUGUACUGGUAAUGUUUAUAUCCAACCAGGAAGUAAUGACAGAAUUGUAAACGGCUUAAUAAUCGACUCUAACUCUUAUAAUAAUGAUACAGGCAUUUCUGUCUAUACCACAGCUUUACUAAAACCCUUUGGCCCUACAAUCUUGACUAUCAAGCAGCCUCUGAUCUAUGCUGACGGCACCACAAAUAAACCUUCUGACCUGAGAAUAACCAUUACAGACUGCCCAUUUCCCAACAAAGAAAUAAGGACCUUUGUGAAAGGAAGAGCCAUGGUCUUUGCUAUAUCUUUUACAAUUGCAGGCAUCAUGUGCAUUUCUACAUUCUUGAUUUGGAAAAGAUGGUGAAAUAUAAAAGUAGAAGAAUUAAAGACUAAGGCAGAAAUUUCUAUACAGGACUUUUUGGUAGGGGCUACAAUUGCCAUAGAAUUUUUUCAGCUUAUCAGCAUGGGACCUGAUAUUAGACCUAUGAGCACUUUUAUAGCUGAUAUAGGAGAUAUGCUUUCUCUUGAUUUAGGAAGCUUUUUUAAGUUGCAGAAUGGGGUUUUCUGGUGAGUUUUGGAUGGGGUUUUGGCAGCAACGCUUGUGUGGGUUAUUCUUUGUAUUGUAAUUUUAUUUCAGCUUGAUGAAAAAUACUCGAGGAUUUGGAUUUUUAGGAAGCUUGGCUGACUUGGUGAUAAUUUGAUGCCGAUCCUUGGAAAUCUUUGCUUUAUUCCUUUUAUGUCUAUUCUUUUAGAUGUAUUUGUGUGUGACGAAUCAAUCGGAGACUCUUUUAGUGAUAGUUUUCUAAAUAAAGAUUGCUAUCAGUUUUGCUGGACUGGGGAUCAUAUAAUAUACUCAGUUUUAUCAUUUUUGGCUAUUCUCUCAUAUGAACCUCUAGCUGUAUAUUGCAGGCCUCUUUGGCAAGAGUUGCAAAACAACUUGCAUGUAAUUUCAAUCCCCUUAUUUUUGAUGGUGAAGACAGUUGUUCAAAUACUUUUAAUAGUGCUUAACAAAACAUUAAAAAGGGCUGAUGAGGUAGUCCAUGGUUUUUUAUUUGUUGGGCUGCUUAUUCUAUCUAUAGCCUUUAUUUUGAAAUUUAAAGCUUAUAAUUACCCACGGUUUACGUUUUGGCAAAUAUUAAGCUUGGCCGGAGUAGCUUGAAUAGCUUUACUAGGCACAAUUUUUUUUAUUUCUCGUGAUAAUAAUUUUCCUUGGAUCGCGUUAAUUAUUGGUGGGCUGCUUUUUAUUUUAAUUUAUGGGCUAAUUAGGCAGAGGAAAGGAUAUCCAAGUUUACUAUUUCGAAAGAAAACACGAGAUACGAGCACACUUUUUAGGUUUGCUUUUACCUUUGGAAAGCAGACUAAAAUUGGAUCAAAAGUUUUACCUUUUUCGGGCAACAAAUCAUCAUCUUUGCGUGAUUAG